CGUGCGCAUACACAGACCAAGGGGGAGAGAGAGAGAGAGGGAGAGGGAGAGAGGGAGUGUGAGGGGAGAGAACACAUCGCAGCAGAGAUGCAGCAGGAGGUUUUCCGAGAUUUCGGGGGCUGGUCAUGGUGUCCGGUGAGAAGGUGUGGGACCCCCUCCACGCGGGCCUUAUUCAGUCACGUCUGAGUGAACAGCACCUGGCUACUGGGCUAACUUCCCUCUGCAACCUCACACAUACUGCAACUGAGGACGCCACGUGCCACCAGAGUCAGCCAUCGUUACCUUUGUCUUCCCCACCACUGUCAUUAGUGGCUCUACACACCCUUCACGCAGUUCAGGCCUCCACACCCUUACACCUGCCUUUUAAUUUGUACGGCUCAAAAAAGAUCAAAGGACUACACAAACCUGUCCAGUCUCUUGGGGUGGCCUCUCAGCCUGAAGAAGAGGAGGAGGAAGGGGAAGUUGAGCAUUUGGAGAUGAAAGGUAAAAGGCAUGGAGGCAGGGGAGAGGCCAUGAUGGAGGAUAGGCUGGAGGACAUGGUUGAUGGACCUAAAAAUGCAAAAAUCACCCUAAGCUUCCCACUUAGUGCUGCCCCCCUCCCAGCCUCUCUGACAUCUCCAAACCACUGUCGUAGCACCUCCUCGUCCUCCCCUUCCCCCCACCGACGGCGGCCAUCCUCCAAGAGCUCAGAUGAGGGGUCACUGUGGAAACUGGAUGCUACCAUGGACGUAAAGCACAGACCUUUUAAGCCUUCGAGGCAUGAUAGCUCUCCGUCCUCUUCCCCCUCCUCCUCCUCAUCUCCCAUGACUGUUCAUGCACUUAUCAGGAAGGAUAUAAAAUCUCCGCCUCCUCUGAAGUGCUCCAAAUUCAAUCCAGAGACUCAGUUUCAGAGGUCGCCCCCAAGAUCCUCCAGUGGGUCUUUAGGGGGCUGUUAUGGUGGAGAUGGAUGGGAUGAGAGACACAGGGUGGCCAAUGGUACAGCCUCACCCUCUCAAACUGCCCAGAUCCUCUUCAGUCUAGGCACAUCAGCCUAUCAGAGAGGUGGGGAUGCAGAGAGGAGAGAAAAAAUAACAGGAAGACCAGCUGGGAAAGUGGGAAGCCCUCAUGGACCAAGCCUUCACCCACCCACCCUCCACCUCCCUCCCCCCUUACCGCCACCUCCUCCUCCCCCAUCUGAGGGUCUUACCGCACCCCCUCACUCAUCCUCCUAUUCCCCUAACGACAGCCUGAAGCCCGAGCUGAUUUGCGGGGUGUGCCAUCGGCUUUUCAGCUCGGCCUCCUCCCUUACAGUCCACAUGCGGCUGCAUCGUGGGAGCCGUGCCCUCAGUUGCCGUUAUUGUGGCAAAGUCUUCAUCCACAGCAAGAGACUGCAAUCCCAUGAGGCCGCCUGCAAGGUGCCAGGCCUACCCUCCAACAGCCUGGGCCCUCCUUCUCUCACUGUGCAGCCAAAGGAGGAGCCGCUAGAGGAGGGUGAGGUGAGAGUGGAGGGGGGAAUGAUUGUGGGAGAAACAGACAUCAGUAAGGCGCGGCCAGGGAAGAAAGCGCGGAGCCUCCUGGCACGUAUCCAAGGUGAUGACGCAGCAGCCGCAGAGUUACUGGCGGGUGAUGAGAACCAUUUUGUGAAGGUGGUAGAUGGCAAUGUCAUUUACUUCUGCUCUGUGUGUGAGCGUUCCUACAUGACUCUAUCCAGCCUGAAGCGUCACUCUAAUGUGCACUCAUGGCGCCGCAAAUAUCCGUGCCAUUUUUGUGACAAAGUCUUUGCCCUGGCUGAGUACCGCACGAAGCAUGAGGUGUGGCACACGGGAGAGCGGCGCUACCAGUGCAUCUUCUGCUGGGACGCCUUCGCCACCUACUACAAUCUCAAAACACACCAGAAGACCAUUCAUGGGAUUAACCCCAGCCUCAUCUCCAGUGAAAAGACAGCUAAUGGGGGUUAUAAGCAGAAAGCUAAUGCCCUCAAGCUCUACCGCCUUCUCCCCAUGCGCUCCCAGAAGAGACCCUACAAGACCUACAGUGACAGUUUGCAUAAUGGCCUGCUACUGCCACCAACUGAAACACCUCCCCUCUCCCUGCCUGGCCUGGGCUGUGCUCUGGGCCCUGGGGACCUACAAAGCCUCAUCAGUGGUGCCCACUCUCAAAGUGUUAAGCCUGACCCAGAUGCCUUCCCCGAUGACUUCCCUGUUUCUGUGGCCGCUGAACACAGGGACCUCUCUGCACUAACACCCCUCCAUCAGACGGACAUGCCCCAAGUUAAAAAACAUGAGAAUGAGGCAUUAGAAGUAGAGCAGGGGAGAGGCAGUGGCAGCUUCAAAAUGUCUAGUAGCAACAAAACCAAAACUCCCAAGACUGGUAAAGGCACAGAAACAAGCAUGCCUUCUGUGAUAACAUAUGGACAUACAAAACCUUCUGUCAUAGUUCACGGAACAGCAGUGUCAUCCUCUGUCAUUGUGCAUAGCAACCAGGUCACUUCUGGAAGUGAAAGAAGCCCAAUGAGCAGCCCGUCCCCUGAAACCAUCAACAGUCAGACUUCACACAAGGGCAGCCCUAGGCCAAUUAAGAAGCAAAGGGAUAGUGCAGAUCACCAUAGAAAGAGAUCAAGAGACAGUUCAGAUACCGCAGAGGAGGGUUCAAGAGGUGGACAGGAUGCAGAGACACAGAGAUUAUUUCACAAAUCACGGAAGUCCCACAGCAAGAGUGACAUCUCUAACUCAAAGCAGCUUUCAGCAUCUGUAGGGUCACAGGUCAAAGAGGCAGGGCCGCUGUGCCAGAUUACUGUACGUAUUGGUGAGGAAGCAAUAGUAAAGCGGAGCAUCUCUGAGACAGACCUUAGGAGAGACAAGAGUCUUUCUCCCCCAAAAACCAAAAGAUGUGAAACAUCAUCUGUGCGCGAAGCCAAGGAACCACGCCACUCUCACUCCCACCACCAUCACCAUAAACACCGCCUCCACCGCAGAGCCAGCAUGGAAGCAGAGGGUGACAAGGAAGGAGGAGAUUGUGAGGAGGAGGUCAGGAAAAAAACCUCCAAAUCCCCUGACGAAGUGAGGGAGUACUACUUCCGCCAGGAGGUGCGUGAGCAGGAGAGUGACCAUGACAUGGAAGAUAAUUUAUGGCGGCCUUAUUACUCCUACAAGCCUAAGAGAAAGGCCCAGGCACAUCUGCAGAGGGUCAAGAGCUGGCAGAGGAAACUGAAGUACAAGCGCUCCAUCCGGCUGAAGAGGAGGGCAGAGAGGCUCAAGAACCGUCUGAAUAAAGAAACAGAGAAAUCACAAGAUGAAGAAGAGGAAAGGAAGAUGGAGGAGGCCCAAAAACUGUCAAAAGCUAACAGAGACAAGGGAGAGGGGAGAAAGAAAGAUUAUCUCUCUGACCUUUUAAAGGAGAAACACAAAGACGCAGAGGAAGAGGUUAAGGAGGCCUAUCAUGAGGCUUCCACCCUUCCUCUGCAUUCUCCAAAGCCUCCUCUGUCUACCUCAGUGGCUCCUACAGGAAUAAAAAGGCGGCCUUGGACUAACGGGAAUGCAGCAGAGUGUGGUACAUGUGGCCGCUGGUUCUCAAGCCCCAGGAAGCGAGACAAACAUGAGCUGAGCCAUCUGCUGGAGUUUGUAUGCCUCUUCUGCCGAGCCACUUUCCCCUCCAGGGAUAAGUUGGAAGACCACCAGAGAGCCCAGCACCCCAAGCCUACUGAGACCCCCACUGUACCCUCUAAAGUGGCACUUGGUGAACAAGUUGAAGGGGUCGGGAUCAAAUGUGUGCCAGAGAUCGCAAAGUAUGAUGAAGAAAAAGGGGGGCAAGUGGGCUUAGUAGGGAGUAAUUCUAGUCCAAGUCGCCUAAGCAGAAGAGCAUUAUCCCGACACACUUGUCCACAGUGUCAUAAGGUGUGUAAGACUUCUUCAGCACUAACUCGCCAUAUUCGACGCCAUGAAUUAAGCAGUUCCCCAGAAAGAGAAAAGGAAGAUAAAGCCCAAGAGCCGAAAACAACGGAGAUAGUUGUUAACGCAGUAAGAAGAGACCUAGAGCCUGAAAAAGGUCAGGUUCCCAGUGCUCUCUCUGUUUCAGUUAUCAGCUACUCAACACCGGACCCGCUUAGCAGUGGUGACUGUUUGGCAUCACCGCAGCAUGAAGACCAUCUCAGUGAACUGACUGAUGAACAUCAGAUGUCAGAAUCCUGUGACAAACCUGAACUAACAGAGCUCACACAUCCCACUCCAGAGAGAGAGCCCAGCCCACAGAUCGCAGACCCUCCAUUAGAAAGUCCAGUAAACCUUACACCCACUAAACAUGAAUUCACAUCUGCCGCACCCUCUACUCUCCAGAGUGUGCUAGUCAUGAAUGGACCUGAAUGUCUGGACUAUCGCACCCCCAGCAAAAAGAACCUAGACAGCCAGAUUCACAGAAUACCCAGCCCUGUGCACAUCGUGGCAUCCAGCAACACCUCUCCAAAUGUGCCCAUGACGUCACAGACCAGAAUAACCACUGCUGCUCCUCCUGUUUCCAUGACAACAGCUCCCAGCUCUGAGGGGGGAUUCGUGAAACGGGAUGGGGUCAUUAUGGACAGGGAAAGGCAGGUUGGGAGUGGUAUAUUUCUAAAUGCAGGUUAUGAGGAACCACCUCUAGUCCAAGAUCUCAGAGUUCAAUCCCUGUCCAGGAGUCCUUCUCCCAAUGAAGCACAAGACCUGACCAUGUCCGCUAUACUAGCUAGAGAGAGGGAGAUAGAGAGGCAAAGAGAGAAAGAGAGGGAACUCCAGAGACAGAGAGAAUGGGAGAGGGACAUAGAAAUGGAGAAAGAGAGAGAAAAAGAGAUAGAGAGGGCCCAGCAAAUGAGUAGAGUUGCUCAUGCCCCAGAGGACCAGAUUGCGCUGUUGGUCCCUAAAGAGGAGCCCUUGAGUCCUGUGCCGUCCCCCCAGCACAUCCCCACUCAAACCACUAUGAAUGGACCCUCCUCACACAGGCACACUCCCAAGUCCCCUUGUCGGUCCCCCUCAACUAUUGGACUGUUAGCUCAAGCCAACCGCCAGGUUCACUCCAGUUCACAAGGGCUCGACAGGCUCACUCUACCCACUGGAACAGCUGGUGCCGGUGACCGCCCCUCUGCCCACGCUCUGCUUCUCCCCCGAGCCCCUCAACCACCUGAGCCAGAGCACCAGGACACUGUUUCUUCCAGAGAUUCCCAGCAGGGGGACGCCACCCCAGUGGGCUACCCUGCCCAGGAUUAUCCCCUACCCCUAAUUGUGCCGGACAGCUACCGCUCUGGUAAGAAGCAGGAGGAAAACCUGCUCAUGUCCUCCUAUCCUGCUGGAGCUCUUCCCUUUGGCCCACUGGGAAAAGUGAUGGUCCCUAAUGGCGGGGACCUGGCCAAGCUGCCAUUUUAUCCGGACCCUUACCAGCUGCUCUAUGGGCCACAGCUGCUGGCCUACCCCUAUAACUUAGCAGCUCUUCCUGUGGCUCUGAAUAUGAUGGCACCUGCGGGGGACAAGGUGGAGCCUCUGCCUUUCCUCCCAGCCAUCUUCAACUACGCUGCCACUGCUGGGCCCUACAUGGGCGCAGCCCCUCACCCCCUAGUGGCAAAUCCCAGCCUGUAUAGCGGCAGCGGUGGCAGCAGCAAGAAGCAACGAGACAGCAGCAGCAGCAAACCGUAGGACAACAGAAGCACUAUAAGGAAUAUAUUUCAAAGGGGACGGACUGGCCUGUUUGGAAUGAGCGGGAGGGGUGCGUGCUCACUGGGUCACUGACUACACUCGCACACUACCCCUGCCUCUCUUUUAUUCGGUAGAGAUCAGAGCUAGGCAUUAAAUCAGGAGGAGGUGUGAAGGGAGGAGAAGGAGCAAAGAAACGGGGAGGAGAGGCUGAUGUCAUAGUGAUGUGUCAUUACUCCCCUCUCUUUACUCCUGCUCACCUUUCUCUAUGUUUCUCCUGUCUUGCUGUAGUGUGUUGUAGUUCUAGAGCUUGAUUAAUCUUCCUCUCUGACUCAUUAUAUUAUCUAUAAUAUAAGAAUAAGAACUGCUAACAGGGUGCGUGUUGUGUGACAAUUAGUUCAGUCUGCUUCCCUUUAUAGUCACCGCAUAACGAGGAUAAACGCUCUUCAGGGAAGGCUUGUGUGGGCAACGAUAAGGGAUGAGACCGAAGAGUCCUUACUCAACACAGUUGGAGGUGGAGCGUUAAGCAACUCAAACCUUGGAUAUGUUUGUUUGUGAGAAUGAGAAUGCAGGUGUAUCCUGUUGUUAAACUGUCCAUGAAAGUUAUAUAUGAGCAUGUACAUGCACAUGUAUGUAGUGAUUUGUGCAUGCAGAGAUGGGUUUAAGCAGGUAUUACUGCGUAUGUAUGUGUGUGUGUGUGUGUGUGUGUGUGUGUGUGUGUGUGUGUGUGUGUGUGUGUGUGUGUGUGUGUGUGUGUGCGCGCACGCGCGCGCGCAUGUUUGUGAGUGAUGGAGUAUGUGCAUGAAUGGCUAGAUCAUUCCGUGUCAGACGCACACAGCAUUCCUACUCUAGUUGGAAUAGCUACUGUAGGUCAAUGUAUAGAAGUGCAUUUAGAAGUGAUUCCUCAUAUCCAAAUCAAUAAGAAGUCAAUUCUAUGGCUGAAUGCAAGUCUAUGACAAUGACGGAUCAUCUGAGCUUCUACUGUCUCAACUAACCAUGUGACUUUGUGGCCAGAUGACACUGUAGGAUCUGUAUAGCAGUCACCAUAGUUUAUACCUUAUGUGCACAAAAUAGAAAAGUAGUGGUCACUUAAAGGGGACACUUGUAGCUGCUUUGGAUAUGUAGCUGGCCACUGGGUAAGAAUCGAAGGCUGGUAGACCAUUGCACUUCCGUUUUUCAUCUCAUUUCCUUCACAUAAAAAAAAAGGAAAAGAAUAAAAACUAGUCAGCCUUCACCUUGUUUAGCUUUUACCUCUUUGAUUGGAAGAGGAAAAGGCUCCAUUUCCUAGGCCAGGAAGAAGAAAGCUACAGCGAGGAAGGAAAAAGAAAAAUGGAUUCAGGGUCUUGAGUUAUUUCUGGAUAGGAAAAGAAAUAUAUGGGCACAAAACUGUUGGACUCUGUGUCAAAAGGCCCCACAGAAAUGAUUUGGGGGACAAAAAAAAUGUGUUCCUGCUCCCAAGCUAAGAGGAGACUGGAAAUAGUCUGAACUAUUUCCCUUCCUGCCCUGUGUCAUUUACUAAGUGGUAGGAAAAGGCUGAGCUUAGCAGCCAAAGUGGUGGCCGAAACUCACCAGAUGCCCUCCUGGGGCCUUUUUGUUAUGUGUAAUGUUAUCUCUAUAUGUUUGUUUUGUUAAACUAUGUUGUUGUUUAUGUUGUUUAGCCCUCUUACCAGAUGGAAGUGGCUUCAGUGAAAAGGGGGAGUAAACUUAAAAAUAUGAAUGUAAAUUUAGUCAUGAGGUUAAUGAAGUACAGCAGCAUUAAUGGUAGAGUUGGUUUCAGUUCCUUUUUGUUUCUGUUUUGACACAAAUAACCUGUUAAAGAACCAUAUAACGUCUGGUAUGCAUAUAUACAGUAGUCCUAGGAACAUGUCAGUAAACUUGGGUUCUGUAUCCACAAAGCAUGAGCAACACUUGCUUCCUAACCGUUUAUAUCCUCAGCAAAUCUGGCAUUGUGUGCACAGCUUUUGUUUCCGUUUCCUUUUAUAUUUUCUGGCCUUUUAAUCUUCCAUAUCUCUGUUACUUUUUUUUUUUUUUUUUUUUAAUUAAUUAUAGACCGCAGUUUGGAGAACUUCCACGAAACUAGCUACCACAUUUACGUUUCACAGCCACUAUUUAGGAGCUGUUUAAUUCUCCCCCUUCCCUCAAGCAUACACUCACGCACUGCACCUCUGAGUGAAGUACAUAUGUUUCAGUGUGUGUGCAUGCGUGUGUGAUGGUACCGGGGCGCCUUUUGGAUCAGGAAGGAGUGUUAAAACACAGCGUGACCAACUGAAGGGGCAACACAAGCAUCCCCUUGGGUGUGGUUACAAGCCUUUUGUGUGUGUGCGAACGUGUUUUGUGUACGAGAGUGAGUGACUGCGUGAAUAAGAAAACCAAAAUAAAUCUGCCUAAGCAGCAUAUCCCUCGGCAGUAUACAGGCCACCUGUUAUUUUUUUGUUGUUUGACACUUUUCUGUGGGUUAGUUUCAGUGUAAAAAAGCCUUGCUGUCUCCAAUACACUAUCUCAAGCCAUUCCUGUAGAUGGACAUAUUUGUGUUUUUGGACCAUUUCUUAUGCCACAGUUUGCCAUCACGGAUAUCAUACAGACCAAAAGCAUGCAAAUCGACGUAUUGUAGUGACUGGACUGGAAUCUGGUGGUAAUAUACAACUAUUUACUGUAUGUUUUAGUUUAAAUGAAUGUGCCUCUGCUUUGAUAUUUAAAUAAUUAUCUAUAGUAAGGUGUGGAUCUGCCAGAUUUCAACUGUUACGGUGCCUUGUUAUGGCAUAAGAAAUUUGAAUAGCAAAUAAACGUUUUCCUGAGAAAUGACAGUAUGAUUUGGAGAUAGAUUUCAUGGCUUUGUUUGCUAUGAAGCUGUUCAUAGAUGUAGGAGUGUGGCUAAACUGUUCUGGUAUCGUGUACAUGUCUAGGGUAAUACUGUGCCAUAUAGACCCCACAAAAUAUGUUAAUGUUAUUUUUAAAAGAUGUUUUAAUGUUGCCUGAUGAAUUUGUCUUUAGAUUUGAUACAAAGGCUUGUAGCCACAGCUCUCCCAAAGUCUGUAGUCUCCUUUUCCGACAUUCUUCUUGUUCUCUCUCCCCUCUUGUUUCUGUCUCUCUUUCUUUCUCUUUGCUGCAAUCAAACAAAAUAAAGUAUUAA